AUGAAAGAAAAAGGUAAGGUCUCACAAUCUGAAUCUACUCAUGAAUCUGCUGUUGCUGCAGAAAUUCGUGCAAUGAGACUCACUAGAAAUGCCGAAGUUGAGUUGAUAAAAACUCGAAUCGAUCUAGAGCGCGAGAAGUUGCAAAGAAACGCAAUGAAGAUGAAAGAAAAAAUGCUGCCUCAAUUGUUGUCGAAAAAGCACUUAUCUCUAAAAGACGAAGAGAUGAAACGUCAACUAAUUAAAAUUAGACGAGAUGCCACCGGCAGAGUAGGUCUUGCAUCAUUGCAGAAAUGUACUGGAGCCAUGAGGGUGUUGACGUAUGGGACAUCUUCCGAUGUUGUCGAUGAGUAUCUACGAAUGAGUUCAUCUUCGACAAGAGAUGCUUUAGUCCAUUUUGUGGAAGGUGUUAUUUCUUGCUUCGGUGGUACGUAUCUAAGAAGGCCUAAUGAAGAAGAUUUGGCAAGGCUGCUCUAUGUUAGAGAACAACUUGGUUUUCCAGGCAUGAUUGACAGUAUUGAUUGCAUGCAUUGGGAGUGGAAAAAUUGUCCUAAUGCAUGGGCCGGCCAAUAUAUUGGGAGAAGUGGAAAACCAACGAUCAUUUUGGAAGCUGUUGCUUCAUACGACUUGUGGAUAUGGCAUGCAUACACAAGCACAAGUUGUUCGCUCAACACCAAGAGUCUGUUCGAAAAGAUGUUGAGCGAGCAUUUGGAGUUCUACAAGCUCGAUUUGCAUUUCUACGACGCCCAUGUCUUGUUUGGGACAAAGUUUUGA